GCACUUUGGAAAAUCAGAAUAGAAAGCUUAAACAAAAGCAAAAUCCAAAAAAUGUUUUAAAUAGUUCCCAUUUAAAGCAAAGAGAAACAAGAAACAGUUUUGAUUGGUGUCCUUGUAAACAAUGGCUACUGAAUGCAGUGGGAAAUUGAAGAGGAGAUUGACAAGACAUUGUGAUGAUCUCAUUGAGAAUGGUAUGGAUUACAGUCAAACUCGUACAAAUGAAGCAGACCCUGCAAUUUGGGGCAAAAGAUUGGGAAAAAAAAGUAGAUUUGUAGGAGUAAGACAGAGGCCAUCAGGGAGAUGGGUUGCAGAGAUAAAAGACACCAUUCAAAAGAUCAGGCUCUGGUUGGGCACCUUUGAUACAGCAGAGGAUGCAGCCCGGGCUUAUGAUGAGGCAGCCUGCCUUCUGAGAGGCAACAAUACAAGAACCAAUUUUUGCCCCACUUCAUUUCCUCGUAGAGAAAGGACCUCUGCUCUGUCAUCCAAGACUGCCCGGUUACUCAGGCUCCGGUUGAACCAGGCCAAUGCAAGAAAUGGGGUUGAUGGUCAUGGCAUCCUCUGCACAAAAGCUGGUAUGGCUUCAAAACCAAAUUGUUCAGAGGUAAGUAGCCUUGUUCAUCAGAUGGGUAUGGUAAAAUCUGAACUUGAGUCCCCCGUUACUCCAAGCUCUGAUCUUGAAGAUGAAUCUGUUAGUAUAAGGGGAAGUAAUUUCUUAGGUUCCAGCUCAACCCUAAAUCCUAAUAAUAGGAACUGUAACAAUUGCAAAUCCAAUGACCAAGAACUUGAAAUUGCCCGGUCAAAUUAUUGUUCAAUCCCAAAUGGGGGAAGAGAGAAUUUUCAGGCAAUGUUGAUAGAAGCAGAGGAUGGCACUGAUCAUAUUGAUAGCCGUUCUCCCUUUGGGCGACCCCUUACAUCUGUUGAGUGCAGAAAUGGGCUUAAUUCUGUAAGUAGAGAGCUCACAGAGUUUGAUGGUGGUAUAAAUUUUAUGGGUUCAGAUGAAUUAGUUAGUAGCUAUUCUCCAUUUGCAGGCCUUGCAGAAAACAUUCCGGAUUUUAGUUUCGUGGAGGUGGAGGAACUAUGUGGCAGCAAGGGUUCAAUACAGGUUCUGGGAGAAGAAAAUAUUCUGAUGUAUUGAAGGAAGCUCUCAGGUUCUCUGUAUGCCAUUGAUGGGAUUGCUGAGUGCAUUCGUUUUACCACUGAGUCUGCGAUGAAUUUGUCACAAGCCUCCAAAUUUGAAAGUUGUGGUGGGAUUUUACCCACUUCAUCUGAAAUGGUGUCUCUGCAGCAGAGUCGAUCAUUAUCAUCUUCUUCUUCUUCUUCUGCCAAUGAUUCAGCACAGGAUACACAUAGCUUGGAGAUGUUGUGGAAUUUGUGGGACUGAGGUCCCAUUGGUUCUACUAACAGAAAAUAAUUGUUUGGACUGAUAUUUAAAAUAUCAUAGCAAUAUAAAUUGGGAAAAGGGUUCUUUUCA